AUGACUGCUUUUUCUGAUUCUUUUACGGUUUCCCUUUAUGAAAAAAAUAAUACUGAAAAUGGUGAAGUCGUCUUUGAUGAUCUUAAAAUUGGACACAUUAAGUUUCUUAUCUGUCGUGAAAAAGAUAUUAAAAUUAAUAAUUAUAAUGAUCUAAACCUUUGGAAGGCUGACUUCGCUUACGGUUAUAAGCUUAAAAUUCUUACUGAAGAACAAAUUUGUAAUGAUAGCGAAUUGUUGGUGCCUAUCAUUCAUUUUAAGGAAUAUUUUUCAGAUCAAGAUGCGAUUAACAAAAGUCUCAUCUUCGUACAAGUGCCCGUCACUAAGCUUGAGAGGAAAAGGAAAAAUACGGAAGUAGAAACAACAAGUAGAAAGAGAAAAGAAUGGGCGGUUAAUAGUACCAUUAGGAAUGAAAUAAGUGGUUCAGUAUACUUUGUUGAUCCAGCAGAAACGAGUAAACCACUUUUUAACAUGAUUAAGAAAGGAGAAUUUGUAGCUUUAUAUGGUGCACGGGCUUCCGGGAAGUCUACACGAGUAGAUCAAGCUUUGAUUGAGUUGGAAAGCGAAGGCUAUAUUUGCAUUUAUGUAUCUGUUGAAGGAGUAAAUAUGAGUACCGUGAACACAUUCUGGUUGUCAAUAGGCGCUAAACUUGUCAUUAAUGCUCCAAAAUAUUUUAAAUUAAAUGAAAUCAAAUCUGCUGAUGAAUUCACGUUGCAAUUUCGGAAAGAACUUUGGAAUGAUAAACAUGUUGUUCUUUUCAUUGACGAGUAUGAUUCAUUACUUGAAGCAAAUGAUGAUAUUAGAUCCUCAUUCCUUGGAGCAAUUCGUAACAUUAAAAAUUCAAAAAGAGACUAUGCAAUCUGGUCUUUUGUAGCCAUCGGUCCCCUAAGUAUUUUAUUUCUGAAAUCAGACAAAAUAAAUGUUUCUCCAUUCAACGUUAAGGAGCCAUUUAGGAACCCAAAUUUCACUUUGGCACAAGUAGAGUCAAUAUAUAAAGAUUAUGAAGAUGACAACAAAUUGACUAUUGCUCCAGAGGUCAUUAAGGAUAUUUAUGAACGGACAAACGGGCAUGCUGGCCUCGUCUGCCUUUGUGGCAGAGCUAUCCAAAAUAAUUUAGAAGAAAAACUUGACGAAAGAAGAUGUCUUGAUUUCACUCUCUGGUUAAGCUUUGUUGCAAGUCCACAACUGGUGGAUUGUAUGGCUAAUUAUAGUACAUUUAGAAAGAUGAUUGACAAUCUUAUUAAGCCUGAUGCUAAGAAAGCUAUGGACUUUCUCCGAUCUGUAUUUAUAGGAUUUUUCGAUUUUGUACAAAUUAAUGAUAAUGAAGAAAGAAGACUAGCAGAUUACUUAACUGUUCAAGGGGUACUCAUGAAGGAAAAUGAGAACAAUCAUAGUUACAGAAUGUCAUCUAUUUUUGUUGAUGGAUUGAUUCAGCAAGAGGUUAUUCCUGUAUUAUACAAGUCUUUGCCAACUAUUUCAGUUCCUAGAACGAAAGAUAACUUUCUGAAGACCCUUGAUAUUUUAAAGGAAGCAAUCCGUUGUUUCGAUAAAAACAUCAUCUCUAAUGCUUACAACCGGUCAUUUAAAACUGUGCUUGUGCCAGUAGAUAGCUGUCGUAAUGUUGCAGUCCCUCGAAAGAGUGUUUAUGAUAACGAACUAAAUAGAAUCUUGACAAAUUGGAUCACCAAAGAAUGUGAUUUUCAAGUCACAGGACAGUGGCAUCUAAUAGAUCACGCUGGUAAUGAUCAAAAAGACAAGCAUUAUUAUAGUGAUAUAGUCAUUAUAACUCCAAAACAAACAGUCGUUCUUGAACUCUUGGCAACACCAACAAAAAAUGAACUUGAAGAACAUUCUAAAAGAGUUCUCAACUAUGCGGAAAAACUAUCUGCAAAUGAAAUUUGGAUCGUAAACUUUACAUGUGAGGAUGAUGUGUUGAAGCAACCCUAUUGGCCAUCCAAUAGUAAUAUUAAUAUAGUACACUUCUCUCACGACAAGACAUUUAAUAAUAUAAGAAUGAGUGCCAGAUUUUUAUCCACCUCUAAUACUGUUGAUUUUAUUGAAGACCAACAGAAACAUUCAUAUAAUAUUUGCGGUGAGUAUCAAGAAUUAACUUGCAAAUACUAUGCAGAAAAAUAUUUCUGA